AUGAAUGCGUCCGUACCCACUCUCGGGCCGCAAGUAGGAUGCAGUCGCUACCACGCGUGCGAUUUUCUGCAGCUCUUGAGUCACGAUCGGCGCGGUGGAGAGCAGAUUGCGAAUCAUAGGCCGGCGCAAUUGGGUUCUGCUGGCUUCUCCGGCUUCCAGUGGGUGCGGGCGAGGCUCUCGAGUGGAUUUGCAGGACAGCUGGGCAACGGUCUGGAGUCGCGCUGGAUCCUUAUUGGUGUUCUGGUUCGUGCCGGGGCCCAAGUGAGCCUUGGGGCAGGCCUCAUGCGCGAGAGGUCAAGGACAGAGUUCGAGUUGGACUUGGACUUGGGAGCUGGAAAUGUAGCUGGAGCUGGAGCUGGAGCUGGAGCUGUCUAUAUGCGUCGUCUCGGCUCUGCCAGAAGAGGGCAGACGAAGGGCACAAGCGAUGGGGUCUUGCUCGUUAUCGUGUCGUCGGGAUGGAGUCGAGAUAUGUGGGUCGGUCGUCCCCCGAGGCUCAGCAUGAUCCAGGCUGUAGUCUCUAACGUUGGACACAGGGGCGGGUCGCAAUACCGUACGGUACUGGCACAGAAGGAGGAGGUCAAAUGGAGAGAGAGGGAGAAGGCUGCGAUGAAUGGACAAGAGUAG